AUGUGUCGCCACGUCGCACCGAUGGAUGAUAGGACUGCAAGCUUGCUUCGGCCGCUCGUCUCCUUCGAGACAUUUCGCGCACGCCCGAGAUGUGCUGGGAAGUCGGUAACGACUCGUGCAAGGCGGCAUCGCACCUCUACACUCGCCUCCGCGGGGAAGCUGUACCAUCUUUUUUUGGGCGAGUUCCUGCGAGUUCGAUUCUGUGCUGGUGCCAAGCUUUUAAGCUCGAACCGUUAUAUCUGUGCGCCCAUCACAAUCUGCCGUGUUAUUACUCAAGUUGGGGCAUUAUUACUCGAGCAUUAUUACUCAAGGUUAAAGAGACCUACUCGAUUCAGCUUAGAGUUAUGUUUAUGGAAAGGUUUCAUGAUUGAGAUGAAUGGAUCACAUUUGUCCUGA